AUGUCCAGUUCUGAAGGGAGUGACGGUGGUGACGGUGAUGACGGCGACUCCAGAACACUUGCUGACGACUUCAAGAAGGCAGAGGAAGUCAUUAAUGACAUCACAGAUGGGCACUUCUCUUCUGCGGAUUUACAAAGCCGGAUCGAAGGUGUCAUACAGACGCUGGAAAACUUGACUAGAUCUGUGUCUAAGCUGGACUUAUUCUCAGACAACGAGCAGGUGUAUUAUACUGACUUUUUACGCCGCUUGCAAUGCUACGGGUUUAAAAUUGGAUGGAGUCUGCUUCUUCAGGAAGACGAGGAAGGAUGUUCUGAUGAAGCGAAUUUACGGAAAAAGAAGUUCACGGGUGAGGAAUUGCGAGAACAAAAAAUUGCUCGUUUUCGAAAACAAAAGGAACUGAAGGCGAUUAUAGAGCAACUCAGGGGUCAACUUGAUUUAAACAAAACGGAUGAGUCAGUUCAGAGAGCACUUCAUCUCGCUGUGUUGAGAUACUGGUCGCAGAAAGUAUUGGAAGAGCUUGAGUCGAUUGAAGGCGAGUUGCCUCUUGUUGAAAUGAUGCAGAAACGAAUGCAAGCAUCCAGUGAAGAGAAGGGAGCAUCUGUUGUAGAUAAGAAGCCGUCCAUUAAUUCGUCACUGCUCGUCAGUGACGGAAACUCGGCAGGUUUGAGGCCGUUCAUUAUCACUCGUUCGACGCAACAGAAGUCUGUGUUUGGUCUUGGUUAUCCAUCUAUUCCUACAAUGACAGUAGAUGAAUGGUACAACCAAAGGUUCGGCAGCACUUCAAUUCCAUCGCAAAAAGAGCAAAAGACGUGCCCUACAAGUAAUGCGGAAGAUGCAUGCUCAUCAGAGUGCUAUCAAGAGGAGAACGAUGAACAAGCUAGAGCGAGAUCCAUGAUCUGGGACGACUACAAGGAUUAUCAUCGUCGUGGUUGGGGAAAUACUCAUAAUAAGGAUUCGGAUUCGGACCACGACUACGAUCUUCCUGUGAAUGCAGGUGAAUCAAGUGAUGUUGAAAAAGAGGAAGACAACGGUCCUGUUGCAAAGCGAGUAGCUCGUCUUUGGCUGGACGCUUUAAUGGAGCAGAACCUUUUUCAAAAAGGUUCCAGUAUGGCUUUGGAUAAACCAGAUGAGAAUAAAAUUAGCCGUGGCGUCGAAUCCUACUACAUUUCGAAGACUGUCGUUCGUUCUGAGUACAAUGAUUCCGCAUCGUUGAGUGGGCCUGUGGCGUCCGCUACAUCCGAUGAUCCCUUUGGUGAUUCGGCUAUAGACCUUUCUGCUGAAACUGCCUUUUGUGAACGAUUACCAGAACAAGACUACUGUUGUUCUUCAAAAACCACUGCGAGUAGUUCAUUCAAAAGAGGAGGUUUUCGUGAACCAUCUGGUAGUGGCAGAGUUCCACGUAUGUGUGGUACCUCUCAUAAUGUAUGUAGAGGCAGAAGUACUAAUAGUGGAUUGAAGCGCUCAUGGCAAGGGAAGGUAGCAGACCGUAGCCAUCUCCUUAGUCCAUCGUACUCUUUGGAAACACUGAUGGCAGUGGAGUUUGCCACGGAUAUUUCUAUUGAGCAACUAGGGGACGAAAUAGCUAAAGCUCUAGGAGAGCGGAAUCCGAAACCUAUACGUCCCAUCGUCGUUGCUUGUGGCAUUGAUAAGGCCAUAUCACUCUUCGAGGAAACGCGUAAAAUCGAAUGCUCCGGUGGAAUGAUGGAGAAGAUUCUCGCUGAGAGCAGAGAAGAGGGACGGAAAAUCAUGCGGGCACGAAGGAAAGGCCGGUUUAAUUUUUCUGAAAAUGUAGCAAAGCUUGCUGAGUUGUUGAAGAAAGAGAGGGAGAAAGAUAGUGCGUCGGACUUUCUCAAGCCGCUGCCUCCAGCCGAGGUUCUCUAUCGACAAGAUCUCGUGCCCGGUGCAGAUAAACGUGUUUCUAAUGAUGAGAAGAAUGAAGAUACUCAAAUGGAGCCAUGA